AUGGACUGCGGACGGCGGCCUUCACGCUGGGCCUGGUCCCUGCUGGCGGCGGCACUCGUGGCUGGCGGCGUGACGUCCACGGGGGCCACGGACAACAGCCCCACGUCCAACAGCCUGGAGGCGGGCGCGGACGCCACGGCCUCCUGGUGGGGGGAGUGGACCAAGUGGACGGCGUGUUCCCGCAGCUGUGGGGGCGGCGUGACGUCCCAGGAGCGGCACUGCCUCCAGCAGAGGAGGAUAUCUGUCACCGAUGCUGGGAACCGAACCUGCACCGGCACGUCCAAGCGGUACCAGCUGUGCAGCGUGCAGGAGUGUCCGCCGGACGGGAGGAGCUUCCGGGAGGAGCAGUGCAUCUCCUUCAACUCCCACGUGUACCACGGGCGGACGCACCAGUGGAAGCCCCUGUACCCCGACGACUACGUGCACAUCUCCAGCAAGCCCUGCGACCUGCACUGCACCACGGUGGACGGCCAGCGGCAGCUCAUGGUGCCCGCCCGCGACGGCACGUCCUGCAAGCUCGCCGACCUGCGCGGCGUGUGCGUGUCUGGAAAAUGUGAGCCCAUCGGCUGUGACGGGGUGCUCUUCUCCCCCCACACGCUGGACAAGUGCGGCGUCUGCCGGGGCGACGGGAGCAGCUGCACCCACGUGACGGGCACCUACCGCAAGGGGAACGCCAACCUGGGCUACUCCCUGGUGACCCACAUCCCGGCUGGCGCCCGAGACAUCCAGAUCGUGGAGCGGAAGAAGUCCCCCGACGUCCUGGCCCUUGCAGAUGAAUCCGGCUCCUACUUCUUCAACGGCAACUUCAAGGUGGACAGCCCCAAGAACUACCACAUCGCCGGCACCGUGUUCAAGUACCGGCGGCCCAUGGACGUCUACGAGACCGGCAUCGAGUACAUCGUGGCCCAGGGGCCCACCAACCAGAGCCUGAACGUCAUGGUGUGGAACCAGAACGGCAGAAGCCCCUCCAUCACCUUCGAGUACACGCUGCAGCACGCCCACCGCCUGCGGCCCGUCUACUACAGCUUCCCCACCUCCGAGAGCGCCGAGAGCCCGGAGCUGGGCCGCCCGCGGCUGCUGGGCUUCCUGCAGCACAACGGCUCGCUCUACGGCCAGGCCCCCUCCGCGCGCCUGGGCCCGGACAACCGGCUGUCCCGCCCGACAGGCGCGAGCGUCGAUCUGGGGCUGAGCCCGAGCCAGGAGACCAACGAGGUGUGCGAGCAGGCCAGCGGCGGAGGGGCCUGCGAGGGGCCCCUCCAGGGCAAGGGCUCCCGAGACGGCAACGCCACGAGCGUGGUGCCUCUCCCCACGGACAAGGACGACCAAGAGGCCGACGCCCGCCUUCCCCCCCGGGGGUUCUUCCCGGCCAUCAUCAUCACCGGCCAUGUCAUGGAAGAAGACUCCGACUCCAAGGAGCUCGACUUCAACGAGACGGUGCACAGCAUCUUCCUGCAGGGGGCCCCGGCCGAGAACCUCUACCUGGACUAUGACGAGGGCGAGGGGCCCGGCGCUUACCUGCUCAACGGGUCCUACCUGGGGCUGAGCAGUGACCGAGUGACCAACAGCUCCUCCGAGGCCGCCUUCCCCAACGCCAGCGCCAGCCUCCCCGCCUCGGCCGCCGGGAACAGGACGCACAAGGCCAGGACCAGGCCCAAGGCCCGCAAGCAGGGCGUGAGCCCCGCGGACAUGUACCGGUGGAAGCUCUCGUCGCACGAGCCCUGCAGCGCCACCUGCACCACAGGGGUCAUGUCGACCUACGCCACGUGCGUGCGCUACGACGGCAUCCAGGUGGAGGACAGCUACUGCGACGCCCUGACCCGCCCGGAGCCGGUGCAGGAGUUCUGUGCCGGGAGGGAGUGCCAGCCCAGGUGGGAGACCAGCAGCUGGAGCGAGUGCUCGCGCACGUGCGGCGAGGGCUACCAGUUCCGCAUCGUGCGCUGCUGGAAGAUGCUGUCGCCCGGCUUCGACAGCUCCGUGUACAGCGACCUGUGCGAGGCGGCCGACGCCGUGCGGCCCGAGGAGCGCAAGGUCUGCCGCAACAAGGACUGCGGGCCGCAGUGGGAGAUGUCCGACUGGUCCGAGUGCCCGGCCAAGUGCGGCGAGCGCGGCGUGGUGACCAGGGACAUCCGCUGCUCCGAGGAUGAGAAGCUGUGCGACCCCAACACCAGGCCGAAGCGGGAGAAGGAGUGCACGGGGCCCCCCUGUGACCGCCAGUGGACCGUCUCUGACUGGGGGCCGUGCAGCGGCAGCUGCGGCCCCGGCCGCAUGAUCAGACACGUGUACUGCAAGACCAGCGACGGGCGGGUGGUGCCCGAGGCGCAGUGCCAGAUGGAGACCAAGCCGCUGGCCAUCCACCCCUGCGGGGACAAGAACUGCCCCGCCCACUGGCUGGCCCAGGACUGGGAGCGGUGCAACACCACCUGCGGCCGGGGCGUGAAGAAGAGGCUGGUCCUGUGCAUGGAGCUGGCCAACGGGAAGCCGCAGACGCGCAGCGGCCCCGAGUGCGGGCUGGCCACGAAGCCGCCGGAGGAGAGCAUGUGCUUCGAGAGGCCCUGCUUCAAGUGGUACACCAGCCCGUGGUCUGAGUGCACCAAGACCUGCGGGGCGGGCGUGCGGAUGCGUGACGUGAAGUGCUACCAGGGGACCGACAUUGUCCGAGGCUGCGACCCGCUGGUGAAGCCGGUGGGCAGACUGGCCUGUGACCUGCAGCCCUGCCCCACGGAGCCCCCAGACGACAGCUGCCAGGACCAGCCCGGCACCAACUGCGCCCUGGCCAUCAAGGUGAACCUGUGCGGCCACUGGUACUACAGCAAGGCGUGCUGCCGCUCCUGCCGCCCCCCCCACUCCUAGGCCGCGCCGCCGGGGCCCCACGGACACUCCCCGCGGGCGCCCGGGCCGUGAAGAUGUGAAACUGAGCCUCCGCUCCCCCGGGAAGGGGAGCCCGCCCCCGGGCCUCCCAGACAGCGCCCCGCGUGGGCCGUCGUUCUUGGGGCCUGAGCACCCCGCCCAGCACCCGGCCGCCCAGGACCUGGGGCCCAGAGCCCAGAGGAGGAGGGGACCGGCCCUCCUGCCCCCCAGCCUGCUCAGCCCUGGGAAGGUGCUGCCUGCCCCCGGGGCGGCGGCGAGGGCGGGGCAGGAGGAGGAGGGCGGCCUGGGGUCCGGCCUCCCAGGUGACUCCCUCCGGAGGAGCUUCGUCCUCCAUCCUCGCACCCGCGGCCUCCCCAAGCCAAGCCCGCGCUCGGGGGCCACCGCACUUUAGGCCGGGAAGAGGCACCC